AUGAGUGGUGUUGGAUACAUCGGAUCCAAGAUCAGUCUCAUAUCAAGAUCUGAUAUACGUUACGUAGGCAUACUUCACAGUAUCAAUUCAGCUGACUCAACUGUAGCUCUUGAGCAAGUUCGUUCUUAUGGAACGGAAGGUCGCCGAGGCAAUCCUGCUGAGGAAAUUCCUCCGUCUGACAAUGUUUUUGAAUACAUAGUAUUCCGGGGUUCUGACGUGAAGGAUCUGCACGUUUGUGAAGCCCCAGCUCAACAGCAGUCAAUGCCACCUCAAGUCCCUAAUGAUCCUGCUAUUCUUGGGACUACCGCUCCACGACCUCCAAAUUUUCAAGGCUUUGCCCCUCCUCCGCCAUUAGGUGUUCAACCUCCUCCUAACUUUCCUGGUGCUUCUCUGAAUCCUUUCUACCUUCAGCAAGUAGCCUCUUUUCAGCAGCAGCAACAGUUUUGGCAGCAGCCACAAGUUCCACAGCCACAACAGCUUAAUAAUAUUACCGAAAGUCUCGCGAAAGAAGCCGAACAACCAAAGUCACAACAACAGAAAGAGCAUGGUACACCGGACAAGGUAGAAGACCAUAAAACGGAGAAGAAGGCCUCUGUGCCCAAAAAUUUCGUCAAGACGGGAAGUAGUUCCCGAUCAUCGGCACAAACUGCAAACUCUAGAAAUGAAAGUGCAUUAGAAGCGCCAUCAACGGCCAUGGCCGUGGAGAACCUGGCCAAAAAAGUCAGCGAAUUAAGUAUUACCGUAAAAGAAGUAAAUGGUGAAAGGCAGGUUAUGGGCAACAAUCGUUCUUUUCCAAGUAAUAACCGACUUCCUGGAAUGGGGGGCCAUCUUGUACAACCAGCUCGUAGAGGUCGUGGCAAUAGAAGAAACUAUAACCAAAGUUAUGAUCGUAAUAGAAUUCCUGUUCCACAAUCAGAUUUUGAUUUUGAAUCGUCAAAUGCCAAGUUCAAUAAAGAUGAACUUGUCAAAGAGGUUGUUAAAAAAAUUAUUCCUAACCAUGAUCUUAAAGAAGAAAAUUGCGCUGAUGGUAUUGAACUUGGUCCAGAGGAAGAGGAAGAUGAUGUUGUGAUACCACCUGCUGAGUCUUAUUAUGAUAAGGCCAAAUCUUUCUUCGACAACAUUUCUUGUGAAACAAAGGAACGAAUGGAACAACAAGGGCCCGAUGGCCGAGGACUGUCUGUGGCUGAACGAAGGCAGAAACAAUCUGAAGAAAGACGUCUGAAUCUUGAAACAUUUGGGCAAGUUUCGAUUGAUGGUGGAAGAUAUCGCGGUGGUUAUCGCAGUCGUGGUUAUAGAGGAGGCAGAGGUGGAUAUCGUGGUGGCCGUGGAAUCCGCGGAGGAUACUCUAACAAUUAUCGGGGGAAUAACUUUAGACAACAUAUUCAACAACAGCAAUCAUAA